UUGCACCUUCAUCAAGAGAGAACUCGAAAGACCAAAACAAUGGCUGAAUGGCUACUUCUGGCUGGUAUUGGGGUGUUAGCGCUCUGUCUGGUGGUGACGCUGUUGGCACUACUGCUGCUGUCAGGCUUGUUUGAGAGCUUUGAAAUUAAGACAGGCAAACCCCCGCUAGGAGAGGCUGUCAUUGCAUAUAUGUCCUAUCGCGGUCCGUACAAGGAAUGUGGUCCCAUGUUCACACAAAUUUGUGGAAUGGUUCCGCAAGGCUACAAAAUCCUUGGCAUUUAUUAUGACGACCCGAAUGUGGUGGAAGCACAUAAGCUCCGUUAUAUCGUGGGUGCGAUAUUAUCUGAAGACGGAUCUGAAAUUGACAUGGCCGUACAAGAAAAGCUCACUCAGAACGGCUACAAAAUCGCCAAGCUACCGGCAGUAUCCUAUGCUGUCAACACAUCAUUCCCGUACAGGAGCGCUCUGUCCAUACUUAUCGCUGUCUGGAGAGUGUAUCCUAGGAUGAACAACUAUGUGAAGGAACGGAAGUUAUGUGCACAUCCGUAUUUGGAGGUGUACGAUGGGGAAAACAUGUACUUCAUCGCUCCACUCGCCCGACAGAACGAGUUCUAUGUACCCGAGGUCCAGGAGACCGAGGAUCGGGCAGAGGAUGGAGACGAUGAAGAUGAUAGUUCUGUGGAUGAGAGUGUAUCAGAGUCACGAGAGACCACAUUCAGUCGCAGCGUGAUGGACGACGAUGUACCUAUAUCAGACAGUGACAGCGAGGAGGAUGUAGAAAGGGAGACAACUUAUCCUACUCCCGACACAUGUCACAGUCAAGAGCUCCUCAGAGGGGAGUUCACUCCACGUAAAUUGUUAGAGGACGUCGCUCGCGAUGAGAGUACACCGGACGUUAGCGAACCUCGCACGUUUCAGGACUCAGAAUUUAACUCCGAACAAACAAGCUCCUCCCAGAUUCCCGAAUGUCCACAAAAGGAAGAGGAAUGCGAUAAGGCCUCGAAUGCUUCUGGUUCAUCGUUUGAGGAAAUCAUGAUGGAAAACGUCCCUCUGCCGCAAAAUUCAUCAUAACAAAAUGUUGCUGAUCAAAGCCAUAGUGAUUUAAGUCAAUUUGAUGAAUUAUUUGCAUAAGAAAUGCAUCAAUGUUUGAUUAUAACAUGCAGUAAAACACACUUAUAGCGAACACAUUCACGACAAAGUCACGCUUAUUGUGUAGGAAUAUAUUUUUCCCUUAUGAGAGGAAAAUAACAAAAAUUGUAUUGGUUAGAAUGAAGUUUGGUUAUAACGAACUGUGGCUCACUGGCCGUGGAGGGUCGCUAUAACCCUGUUUUACUGUGUGUAUGAAUAUUUGAGUCUGCAUGGUUUAUGUAUCUCUAGUAAACAGUGUUUGUAAAUUCAAAGUAUUUAUGAAACGCUGAUGAUGAGGAGUAUUGACUUUAAAGUGUAUCAAUAUAAAUGAAUGUGAUUAGGUUUAAUUGCUGGUAUAUGUUGAUUCAUUUAAAGAUAUAUGUAACUAGUAAAUGUGAUAGAAAGUAACUAGAAGUGCACACAGCCUUAUUGGGAAUUUAAUGUCGACCAGAACAUCAGCCUUUUCUUCUGUCAUGUGAGGUAAUUCCUUUUAAUGCUUGUGUUAUUUAAGUAUUUGAUAUGAAGGCAAUUACUUGUAAUUUUCAUUCCAUUUGUGUGAGUAGCCUGAUAUUUUUACAUCAUGAUCAUCAAAAUUUACUUGUAAAUCUAAAAAGUAAGGUAUGUAAAUGCCCCCCCUCUCUCUCUCUCUCUCUCUCUCUCUCUCUCUCUCUCUCUCUCUAUAUAUAUAUAUAUAUACAUAUUAUAUACUACAGGUAUUAUUGUGGACGGUGGGGUAAGGGGAAUUAAACAUGAAUGUAACAGUAUAUAGGCCUACAUAAGAAAAGAACAGGUAUUAAAUCAGUUGGCUGUAUGUUAAAUAAGCAAUAAUUUAACUUCGUGUUUUGACAUGGGUCCAAGAUUGUAUUAAUCACAAAUUGCAGCAUGAUAAUAAGGAUGUGAAGUGUAAUUAUGUAGUCUUAAAUGUUAAGAAUUGAUUUAUGUAUUGUGGGAUCUUAAGCUGUAAGGAUUAAAUUAUUAGGAGCUUCCUGUGACUUUUUAAUUCUGAUAAUCCUUAAUCUCACAUGUUACAAUCCUAAAGGUGUGUGAUAACAUUAUAUCAUGUCUUUUGGGGGAGAGGAUUUGUAGCAUUGAAGAAGAGGUCCAAUUAGACAAGUCUCUUAUAAACUGUCAUUUUCCUGAUUUUUUUCUUUUUUUCUGUUUUUGGAUUUAUAUGAAAAACUUGUAGUGAUAGGGCAUUUUCUUUCUUUCAUGCAUUUUGUGUCACAAUGUUUGUAUGUGUCUUUUAGUGAUGAAUUUUCUAUCUAUACACAGUGUGGUCAACAAUGCACAUUGCUGAAAAAAGCAGUGAUAAUGUGUUCUUAUUCCUAUAUCAGUUGAUAUUUUACAUGUACAUGCACAAAUGAUUUGUACAUUGUGAUUGCAGAUUUUUGAAUUGAGAUUUUUGUUUUGUGACUAUACCAAUGUUUUCAUUGGCCUAUCAUCCUCAGGAUAAAUUAGAAUGUUAUAUACAUGUCUGUUAACUUAUUUUACAUCUUCAGAUAGCUUUUAUACACCCAUCAUCAAGUUGUAAGGUGGGGGGGGGGGUGUAUUUUGGAAUCAGCAUGUCCGACAACAAGCACUCUCUGCCCGUCCGGCUGAACGUCUGUAGACAAAAUCAUGGACAACCUUUUACAGACUUUAGGGCUGUUCUCACCUGAUGGCCAGCAAAAUUCAAUUCAUACUUGCUAAUGACAAAUCAUACUUGCUAAUGACACAUCAUGAAAUGCUUCUUCUUACCCACGGUCCAGUUGCUGCUUCUGACCUACAUUUUAUGCUUCAAUGACUCUGCUUCAAGGUAUCAUUUAGGUCUUUUCUCAGCUGAUUACAUGUGAUAAAUCAUCAAGACUUGUCUGUGGCUAGAGAUGUUCUACUUAAAUUAAAUGUGAGUUUGUCUAUCAAUAUCUUACUACAAGAUGAACACAAACAGAUUCUGAAGUCUAAUUUUGGUUAGAAGAUGUGUCAUGAGGACCUGUCAAUGCUUUAAGGACAUAAGGAUUGAAAUAUUUGUAUAGGACAUAAUUUUGUUUAAUGUUUGUUAUUGAUAACUUGAGCUUCAUCAAAAGGUUAGUCACAAGAAAUGUAGUGUUCAAAUAUUCGGUUGUUCGGAUGUAGCCAGUUUAGGGUUUAUCAUGUGAGGCUGUUUUCUGUGGAAGGGGGGUUAGUGUGGUUAGGACAGCUCUUGUUGAUUUCAAUGAUUGUAAGAUUUACCUGAAUUGUUUCUUGUCCUGUGAAUAUUGUGAAACACAUGAACAAAGCUGCUUUAAUCAGUAUUCAAUAUCACAGAGACAUCGUCUGUGUAUCUCGGAGCAAUUUUUUUUCGCUGUUUAUGUUAAUUAAAGAGAAUAAAAACAAGUAUAAUCGGA